AUGACAGCAGAGGAUAAAAAGGCCGUAUCUAUACAAGUUCCAGUGAAAGAUGUGGACGAUAAGAGAAGAAAAUUGAAUAAUUCGAAAAUAAAGAAGGAAGAAUUAAAUGAAGAAGAAAAGAAGAAGAAAGAAGAAUUAGAAUUAUUAAUUACAAGAUUAAGAGAUGAAGAUGUAAAUGUUGUAAAUUUGUCGAUUACUUUAUUAAAUAAAGAAAUUAUUGAUACAAGUGGUAUAUUAACAUCAUCAUUAUUAGCAUUAAAGGUAUUAAAAACACAUUAUAAUACUUUAAUAGAAAUAUUUAAUGACAUGAUAUUUGAAGAUUGUAAAAAAAAGUUAAGUAAUAUGAUUAGUGCAUUAUCUACAACAAUAGGAGAUGAAAAUAAUAUUGUAAAGUUUGUUAUCACUGGAAAUAAACAUGAUCUAAUUAAUUAUGGACAUGAAUAUAUAAAAAAUUUAAUAACAAAAUUGUUAGUUGAAUAUAAAAUUUUAAAAGAAGAAGAAAAUAAUCAAAAUGGCUUAACAACAACGACAACAAAUAAAAUUGUUACAAUAAAUCAUAUAUACGAAUUAGUAAAUAUCGUAGUACCUUAUUGUUUUGCACAUAAUACAGAAUAUGAAGCUAUUGAUUUAUUAAUAGAAGUUGAUAAAAUUAAUGAUAUUUAUUUAUAUGUAGAUGAGAAAUCAUGCGAUAGAUCAAUAUUGUAUUUAUUAAAUUUAACACAUUAUAGUUCAUCCACUGAAGAAUAUUAUAAAUUAAUGGAUGUUAUUUUAAAUAUUUUAAAAAAACAUAAUAAACAUGUAGAAUGUUUAAAAAUAUUAUUGAGAUUAAAUAAAAUUGAUAAAAUUAAAGAUCUUAUUUUUGAAUGUAAUGAUAUUUUAAUAUGUAAACAAAUAGCACUCAUUUGUGCAAGACAUUGUGUACAUAUACAAUUUACAGAAGAAGAAAUUAAAAAAUAUACACAUCUUAAUUUAAAUGAAAUUUCCACACUAACAUCAGGAGAACAUUUAUCUCCUAUAUUCUUAAAACUAGCAAAGGAUCUUGAUGUAGAAGAACCCAAAUUACCAGAGGAUGUAUAUAAAUCACAUCUUGAAGAAAAAAGAAAUACAACCGUAUGGGAUUCAGCCAAACAAAAUUUAUCUUCCACAUUUGUUAAUGCAUUCGUAAAUGCUGCUUUUUGUAAGGAUAAAUUAAUGACGGUUAAUUCAUCUUUAUGGAUUUUUAAAAAUAAAGAUUAUGGUCUAAUGAGUGCAACUGCAUCUAUGGGAUUAUUAUUAAUGUGGAACUUAGAUGAAGGAUUAUCACAAAUAGAUAAAUUCCAAUAUAGUAGUGAUCAAUAUGUUAAAGCAGGUGCUUUAAUGGCCUUUGGAUUAGCAUGCACAAAUAUAAAAAAUGAAUGUGAUCCAGCAUAUGCUUUGUUAUCUGAACAUAUAGAUGCUGAAAACACAUUAGAAAAAAUGGGAGCUAUAUUAGGAUUUGGUUAUGCUUAUGCAGGUACUAAUAGAGAAAAUUUAUUAGAUAUUCUAAUUCCACCAUUAGUUGAUAAUGGUUGUAUUAUUGAAUGUAGUGUAUAUGCAGCUUUAUCAUUAGGACUAGUUUUUGUUGGAUCACAAAAUAGAGAAAUUGCUGAAUAUAUAAUAGAUACUGUCCUAGAAAAAGAAAAAGUUAAUAAUUCUUUAGAUACUCCUAUAGCUAAAUUAUAUGCUGUUGCAUUAGGACUUUUAUUUUUAUGUUCAAGAGAAAAAUGUGAAGCUACAUUAUCCGCUUUAGAAAUUAUUAAGCAUCCUAUAUCAAAAUAUAUGAUUGCAACAGUAGAAGGUAUGGCUUUUGCUGGAUCGAAUGAUGUUUUAAAAGUUCAAAAAAUGUUACAAGUAUUAGUUGAAAAAAGAGGUGAUAAAAAAAAUAAUUCUGAUAGUAAAACAACAACAGCAAAUAAUGCAGAUAAUAAUAAAAGUUCCAAUGUUGAUACAAAUAAAGCUACUAAUACAGAUACAUCAAAAAAAACUGAUAAUAAUAAUAAUAAUAAUAAUAAUAAUAAUAAUAACAGUAAGAAUACUAAAAGUAAUGAAGACAAAAGUUCAUCUAGUAAAACCUAUGUAGAAGAUAAUUUAGAUCAAUGUGUAGCUAUUUUAAAUAUUGCACUUAUUGCUUUAACUGAUGAUAUUAGUUCAGAUAUGACUACCAGAAUUAUUGAUCACUUUUUACAAUAUUCAAAUGUAAAUCAAAAAAAAGCAGUACCAUUAGCACUAGCAUUACUAUUUACAUCUUUUCCAAAACCAAAUAUUGUAGAUAUUUUAUCAAAAUUAACACAUGAUCAAGAUCCGGAUGUUGCUUUGCAUGCUAUCAUUUCUCUAGGAUUUGUUGGAGCAGGAACAAAUAAUUCCAGAAUAGCUAUCUUAUUAAGACAAUUAUCUGCAUUUUAUUGUAAAGAUACCAAUGCUAUUUUUGUUGUAAGAUUAGCUCAAGGUUUGUUAUAUAUGGGUAAAGGUUUACUAACUAUUAAUCCAUUACAUUCAAAUCGUUCAAUUAUUAAUUAUGUAUCCUUAGGAUCUCUUUUAAUAACAAUUCAUGCCUGUUUACAAUUAAAAGCUACUAUCCUUGGAAAAUAUCAUUACUUACUCUAUCAUUUGGUUCCUUGCAUUUACCCAAGAAUGCUUGUAACGGUUAAUGAGAAAUUGGAGUCUCUUCCCGUGUCUGUUCGUGUUGGACAGGCCGUUGACAUUGUUGGACAAGCAGGAAAACCCAAAACAAUAACAGGGUUUCAAACACAUGUUACACCUGUGUUAUUGUCUCAUACUGAUAGAGCUGAAAUGGCCACAGAAGAAUAUAUAUCUGUUAAUGAUACCUUAGAAGGUAUUGUCAUUCUUAAAAAGGAUCCAAACUAUAUCCCACCACAAAUAAAUUAA